AAAAUCUCUGCUGGGAAAUUACAUGCACAGUCAAUGCCGACAGGAUGCGACAUCUAAAAAACAUCAUAAAAAUUGUCUCAUUCAAUAGUUUUUUCUUUCUAUUUCGUCGAUUAACUAGAGAAAAAAAAAAGAACAAACAAAUAGAUUGAAAAAAACACAGCAAUAAAAAGAAAACUAAAUCGAAGUUUUUCUUAAUAAUAUUUUAUUUUUAGAUAUUAUUAUUAUUAAUUUGCUUUCGUCAACUUUCAUUUCUAUGAAUUAUUAUUAUUUAUAAAAUAAAGAUUCCACCUCGGUGCCGUGGUAAAUUAACUUUGCGACGAUUGGUGCUUAAUACGUGCGCCUUCUUCUUCGCAAUGGGACAAAAUUCAUCUAUUACAAAUCUUUUUCGUGAAAUUGGAAAUGCUGUAACAAAUAAAAGAAAUACUAUGCAAAAUCCUUCAACACCUCAUUUAGAUGGUGAUACAAAACGUAUUAUAACAAUUAAUCAUGGACCUCAACAAACAAAAUAUAUUACAAAUAAUAUAAGUACAAGCAAAUAUUCAUUUAUUUCCUUUCUACCAAAAUUUCUUUUCGAACAAUUUCGAAAAUAUUCAAAUAUUUUCUUUCUUUGUAUUGCCGUUCUUCAGCAAAUUCCUGGAGUAUCACCUACUGGUAGAUAUACAACAGCAGUUCCAUUAUCGAUUAUUCUUUGUUGUGCAGCUAUUAAAGAAAUAAUUGAAGAUGUGAAACGACAUAUACAAGAUGGUGCAGUUAAUAAAAGAAGAGUUUUAAUUUUUCGAGAAGGAAGUUGGCGAUAUACAACUUGGCGACAAGUUAAAGUUGGUGAUAUUGUAAAAGUUCUUGAUAAUGAAUUUUUUCCAGCAGAUCUUGUUUUACUUUCAUCUGGUGAACCAAAUUCAAUAUGUUACAUUCAAACAUCUAAUCUCGAUGGAGAAACAAAUCUCAAAGUUCGACAGGGUUUACCACAAACUGCUCAUAUGAUAUCGAGUAUACAAUUAAAAGAAUUAUUAGGUGUUAUUGAAUGUGAAUUACCUAAUCGACAUUUAUAUGAUUUUGCUGGAACAUUAAAACUUAAUAAUGUUGCUUUUCCAAUUCCCUUAGGAUCCGAUCAAAUACUUUUACGUGGUUCACAAUUAAAAAAUACAGCAUGGAUUUAUGGACUUGUUAUUUAUAGUGGACAUGAUACGAAAUUAAUGAUGAAUUCAUCUUCUGUUCCUUUCAAACGAACUAAUGUUGAACAAGUGACAAAUAGCCAAAUUUUAUUUUUAUUGCUAAUUCUGGUUAUCUUAUGUUUAUUCAGUACAAUCGCUGGAGAAAUUUGGAAUUACCAGAAUAAAUCAGCACAUUGGUAUCUUGGUUUAACACGUCUUACUGGUGAUAAAACAGCUAAUUCACCAGUGAAUCAUUUUGGUUAUACAUUCUUAACAUUCUUUAUCUUAUUUAAUAACUUAAUUCCUAUUUCACUUCAAAUAACAGUUGAUCUUGUAAAAUUUAUUCAAGCAUAUUUUAUUAAUUGGGAUAGAGAUAUGUAUGAUCCAGAAACAGAUACGCCAGCAAAUGCAAGAACAUCAAAUUUAAAUGAAGAACUCGGACAAGUAAAAUAUAUUUUUUCGGAUAAAACUGGUACAUUAACAAAAAAUGUGAUGGUUUUUAAACAAUGCAGCAUUCUUGGUAUUAUGUAUGGAUCGGGAAAUGUUGCAGAAUUCAAUAGCUAUGAAUUAUUGAAAAAUUUAGAAUAUCAUAGUACCGGCAGUCAAAUUCGAGAAUUUCUUACACUGCUUGCCACAUGUCAUACAGUCGUACCUGAAAAUAAAUUACGGACUGAGUCAUUGAAUGAUAUUGUUUAUCAAGCAUCAUCUCCAGAUGAAUAUGCGUUGGUUUCAGCAUUGAAAGAAAUGGGUGUAAUAUUUUUUCGUCGUACGCCAGAUAGUGUGGUUAUUAAUUUUCGAGGUACAGAAGAAAAAUAUGAAAUAUUAAAUGUUUUGGAAUUCAGCAGUGAUCGUAAACGAAUGAGUGUUAUUGUUCGAACACCAAAUAAUGAAAUUAAAUUAUUUUGUAAAGGCGCAGAUAGUGUUAUUAUGGAACGUCUUGCUCCAGAUGAACCUAAUGUUCCAUUAACAAUGGAACAUUUAGAAAGUUUUGCUAAAGAUGGUCUUCGUACAUUAUGUCUUGGUUCUCGAAUUUUAACCAAUGAAGAAUAUAAUGAAUGGUUAAUUCAAUAUCGUGAAGCAUCAACAGCAAUUAAUAAUCGAAAUGAAUUAGUUGCUGAAGUAGCUGAAAGAAUUGAACAAAAUCUUGUUUUAUUAGGUGCUACUGGAAUUGAAGAUAAAUUACAAGAUCAAGUACCAGAAAGUCUAUCGAUGUUAUUAAAAGCUGGUAUUAAGAUUUGGGUAUUGACUGGUGAUAAAAAAGAAACAGCAAUUAAUAUUGGUUAUUCAUGUAAACUUUUAUCUGAUCAAUUAUUGAAUUUAACUCUUGAUGAAGAAACACUUGAUGAUACUCGACGACAAUUACGUGAACAUUGUCAAACAUUUGGUGAUUCACUACGUAAAGAAAAUCUGGCAUCACUUGUUAUCGAAGGAAAAACACUUAAAUAUGCAUUAUCACCUUCAUGUCGACAAGAUUUUCUUGAUUUAGCUAUAUCAUGUAAAACAGUUAUUUGCUGCCGUGUGAGUCCAAAACAAAAGGCAGAAGUUGUUGAACUUGUUAAACGAUCAACAGAUGAUAUAACAUUAGCAAUAGGUGAUGGUGCAAAUGAUGUUGGAAUGAUACAAACAGCACAUGUCGGUGUUGGAAUUAUGGGCCGAGAAGGUGUACAAGCUGCAUGUGCAGCAGAUUAUACUAUUGGACAAUUUAGAUUCUUAACAAAAUUAUUAUUUGUUCAUGGUGUUUGGAGUUAUCGUCGUUUAUGUAAAGUUUUACUUUAUUCAUUCUAUAAAAAUAUUUGUCUUUAUGUUAUGGAGCUUUGGUUUGCAUUUCAUAAUGGAUUUUCUGGACAAAUUUUAUUUGAACGAUGGACUAUUGCUAUUUAUAAUGUGUUAUUUACUGCCGCACCACCAAUGGCACUUGGAUUAUUAGAUCGUUGUUGUAGUGCAGAAACGAUGAUGAGAUUUCCGGCAAUAUAUAAAAUGUCACAAAAUAGAUCAGAUUUUAAUAUUAAAGUUUUUUGGACUUGGUGUUUAAAUGCUGUCUAUCAUUCUAUUAUUCUCUAUUUUAUGUCAUAUGCAAUGCUUCGACAUGACGUUGCAUAUAGCAACGGACAAGUGGGUGAUUAUUUACUAUUAGGCAAUAUUAUUUAUACGUAUGUCAUCUUCGUUGUUUGUCUCAAAGCAGGACUCGAAAGUGAUUCAUGGACAUUUCUUACACAUAUUGCUAUAUGGGGAAGUAUUGCUUCAUGGUUUGUCUUCUUUAUUAUAUACAGUAGCAUAUGGCCAACAAUACCAUUAGCACCAGAAAUGCGUGGCAUGGCAAAAUAUGUUUUUUCGAGUAUGUAUUUUUGGCUUGGUUUAUUAUUAAUUCCAAUAACUGCAUUAUUGACUGAUUUUAUAUAUAAUUGUUUGCAACGAACUUUAUAUAAAACAUUAAUGCAAGAAGUUCAAGAAAAAGAAGUUGCAAAUCAAGAUCCAUAUGAUUUAGUUAUGUCUCGACAAACGUCAACUGUAUCACGUGUUGCAGAACGAUUAGCAUUAUUAAAAAGUGUUUUUGUUCGAACACGCACACCAAAAAUGUCUGGAAUUAUUCCUGGACCUUAUCAUGGAUUUGCAUUUUCACAAGAAGAAGAUGGAGUUGUUCCACAAAAUCAACUCAUUCGAAAUUGUGAUACAAACAUUCAAAAACCUCCAGGGCUUUAA